GCGAUAUUUCAUUUGUACCGAUCCGUUUGAGUUCAUUUCAAUUUCGCUAAAUUCAGAUCGAGAUCCACAAUAAAAAAAACCCUAAUUUUGUUUUCAGAUCCAAAAUGGACGCUCUCGAUACUGUUUUCGAUCCUCUUAGAGAUUUCGCCAAAGACAGCGUAAGGCUCGUCAAAAGGUGCCACAAGCCUGAUCGCAAAGAAUUUACCAAGGUUGCAACCCGUACGGCGAUCGGUUUUGUUGUGAUGGGAUUCGUUGGAUUUUUCGUCAAGUUGAUAUUCAUUCCAAUCAACAACAUCAUCGUUGGUGCUUCUUAAGUGGCUAUAUAAAGGAGAAGUACAACUGGAGAUGUAGAGCAAGUGAUAAAAAGUGUUGCAAAAUCUUAGUUUCAUAUUGUAAUCCGUAUGUAGUCUUAGUCUUAUUUGUGAACCGCCUGGUUAAUGGGGACUUUGUCAUCGAGCUUCCCCCCACCCAAUCCGUUUUCAGAUUUUGUAAACUUUGCUGCUGAUGUCAAGACAUCUAUUUAUUUUUUUUCAAUAUACUUUUUGCACCUUGGUUGGUUCA